AUGGAGGGAGAUGUGGACAAAAAAGAAGCAACUGCGACGGUCCGAGACUUCGACCCGAUCAGCGGGAGCAUCCCGGCCACGAAAGUGGAGAUCUCAGUGUCAUGCAGGAAUUUGUUGGACCGAGACACUUUCUCCAAAUCAGACCCAUUGGUGGUGCUCUACACUCAAGGCGUCGAGUGCAAACAGUGGAGAGAGUUUGGUCGGACAGAGGUGAUCGACAACACUCUGAAUCCAGACUUUGUCCGAAAAUACAUCUUGGACUACUUCUUCGAGGAAAAACAGAAUCUGCGCUUUGACGUGUAUGAUAUUGAUUCUAAAAGUCCAGAGCUUGGAAAACAUCCAACCGACUUUAACGACUUCCUGGGCCAGGUCUUCUGUACUCUGGGAGAGAUCGUGGGCUCACCAGCCAGUCGCCUGGAGAAACCUCUGGGAGGCAUACCCGGGAAGAAAUGUGGGACCAUUAUUCUGUCCGCGGAGGAGCUAAGCAACUGCAGGGACUGUGCCACCAUGCAAUUCUGUGCCAACAAACUGGACAAGAAGGACUUUUUUGGGAAGUCCGAUCCUUUUAUGGUUUUCUACAGAAGCAAUGAAGAUGGCACGUUCACCAUCUGCCAUAAGACGGAGGUGGUAAAGAGCACGCUGAACCCGGUGUGGCAGCCCUUUUCCAUUCCUGUCAGAGCGCUGUGCAACGGAGACUACGACAGAACGAUCAAAGUGGAAAUCUACGACUGGGACAGAGAUGGAAGCCAUGAUUUCAUUGGAGAAUUUACUACCUGCUAUAAUCAGCUGUGCCGGGGUCAGUGUGUCUUUGAGGUGGUGAACGCCAAGAAGAAACUCAAGAAGAAGAGAUACAUAAACUCAGGAACGGUGUCCUUGUUGUCAUUCAACGUGGAGUCGGAUCACACUUUCCUCGAUUAUAUCAAAGGAGGGACGCAGAUUCACUUCACGGUGGCCAUUGAUUUCACCGCAUCAAAUGGAAACCCCUCUCAGUCUACAUCUCUGCACUACAUGAACCCAUACCAGAUGAAUGCGUACGCCAUGGCUCUGAAGGCCGUGGGGGAGAUCAUCCAGGACUAUGACAGCGACAAGAUGUUCCCCGCUCUGGGCUUUGGGGCCAAGCUACCCCCUGACGGCCGGGUGUCCCAUGAGUUCCCUCUGAAUGGAAAUGUGGACAAUCCAUACUGUAAUGGCAUGGAGGGCAUCCUGGAGGCAUACCAUCAAAGUCUGAAGACGGUGCAGCUCUAUGGACCCACAAACUUUGCACCCGUGGUGAACCAUGUUGCCAGAUAUGCAGCAGCCGUUCAGGAUGGCUCACAGUACUUUGUACUUCUCAUCAUCACGGAUGGCGUCAUAUCAGAUAUGGCUCAGACAAAGGAGGCCAUUGUGAAUGCUGCUAAACUGCCAAUGUCCAUCAUCAUAGUGGGAGUUGGACAAGCUGAGUUUGAUGCCAUGGUGGAGCUGGAUGGAGAUGACGUGCGGAUUUCCUCUCGAGGCAAACUCGCUGAAGAGAGCCUCCUGCAGUUUGUCCCGUUCAGAGACUACAUGGACCGCACGGGCAACCAUGUCCUGAGCAUGGCACGGUUAGCUAAAGACGUGUUAGCUGAGAUCCCCGACCAGCUCAUCCUGUACAUGAAGAGCAGGGCCAUCAAACCCAACCCCGUGCCCCCUCUGUACUUGUCUGAAGACCAGUCCCAGACCAAACCCGUGUGA